AUGCUCAGGGAGUACUAUCAACGGUUUCUAAAUCAAGAGCAGCCCACAUUCACGCAGUUGCCUGGUGGGUUCCCGGAGGAAGUGCCCGAGAGCGGCGAGGAGCGGCGACCAAGCUUGGGGACACGAAUAAAGACGUGGGUGCUGGCUGGAAUCAUUAUUCCGCCGCUGGCGAUUCUGUACUGUUUGGCGGCUACGGUUUUAUAUACAGUCAACGUAUGUGGGUCCGUCAAACGGAUCGCAGGGUUCUAUGGCCACCGGGAGUCGAUGGGGCACGCCGCGCAGUUCCGCCUGUUGCUCGAGAGCCUGCUAAUUGACAGUGCACAGGCGACUCGGCGGAAGCGGCGGAAGCGGCGGCGUGGCCGGAUGUACACGUUUUCGUCGCUGUAUAACCUGGAAAAUGGGCACAUGUUGCCACAGCUGGUGCCAGGCGGGUACGGUCAGUUGGUGAAGACGUGUGCGGAACAAGGGAAGUUUGCAUUGGUGUACCUCCAUGACCCCCUGCUUGCGGAUCCGCUGGAGUACGUGAACGGGGUCCUAUCGAACGAAGAGAUGGUGGGGAUGAUGAAGCGCUACCAGAUGCUGCUAUGGUUCGGCGACGUUACCACAGCAGAGGGGCUGCAGGUGGCCAAUAUGUUAAAGGUCCGGCAGUUUCCGUUCCUCGGAGUAAUGAUGUGGAAGAGUGAGAAGAAGCUGGAGUUUGUUGGCCGUCUUGAGGGCCAGGGAACAGACUUCAACUUAGCCUCUCUUGAUCACAAGCUACAGCAGGCAUACGCAAAGCUGAUCCAGUUCCGCCAGCAACGCCAAAAUAGGGAUUUGCAGCGGCUGAUGAUCGAACAGCAGGAUCACCGCUACCAGGAAUCUCUUCGUCAUGACCAAGAGCGCGAGCGCCUACGGCAGGAACGCAGGGCCGAGGAAGCACGCAAGCAGAACUGGCUUCUGUGGCGCAAGUCGAAGCUGCGUCCGGAGCCCACGCAGGGGGAUAUUUGCAAGGUCGGCAUCCGGACUGGCUCCGGCCGUAUGAUCCGCAAGUUCGACGCCUCGCUGCCCAUAGAAGAGAUAUACGCCUAUGUGGAGCUCUACAGAAAGGGUAUUUUACUACAGGACGAGCCCUUCGACCAGCCUCCGGAGGAUUACCAAUACGACUAUGGCUUCAUACUGACUACGACCAUGCCUCGCACCGAGCUUGACCCAGCUAAGAUAAUCAGAGACGAAAAGUCCAUAUACCCGAUCGGUACUGUCAUGGUCGAACAGUACGAUGUAUAA